AUGCUCAGCCUUACCAUCUUUGUCUAUGACCUCGCUUGGGAACUCCCCCGCUACAUCUGUGCUUUCUCAGGCUUCAUGACGAUGGAUGAAUCCGAACUCCUCGACAUAAUGGACAUGCAUCUCCGUGAAGACGAAUCCAUUGAGAUGCUACUAGAUAUCAUCAGCCACGAUGAGAAUGGUGCCGCGCGCGGGGAAGAAAUCCUCCAGUCCCUGGAGAUAUCUAUUCUUGACCUACACAGCACCGGCGGUUUCCCCGCACCAGCAGUCAAUGUAUAUAUGACCCCGCCAAACAAUGAGCUCAGCAACUGGCUCAAGUGGCGUGACUUCGUCUUUCGUAAGGUCUACUCCACGACCUUCUCUGGCUGCAGCAUCAGCCACCCAGGCUUCAAAUGCACUGGCUGCCAUGAUGUGGACCACCCUCGUGGCCUGUGCCCUUUCAAGCACAUCCCUGGAUGGCUGGGACCUGUCCUUGCGAACAGCGGAAACGGCAGAGGUCCCGGCCCUGCCCCCAGCCCAGGCGGUGCCCCCAUCGGCCUCAAAAGGCCUGACUAUAAUAAAUUCCUCCAGUCUAACGUGCGCAGCCAUGGUCGCAGAAGCCACGGUCACCUUGGCACAUGGCUCCACCCCAGGAAAUCAUACAUAAGUCAUAUAGUAAUCCGCGUCUCACGCGCCCCACACAUCCAGUCAUUACCUAUAUUUACUUAUCACCCACGAUCCUUACAACGACGCCACCAUGACAUACCCACCCUCUCCUCGCAGUAG